AUGAACAAACUUACAUUUACGCCACUUACAGAUGGUGAAGAGUUCUCCGCGAGGCGUGGGCGUGGCCAUAAAUCUGCUCCAAUAAGUCUUAUCAUCGACAACACUUGUCGCGUGUACAUAACACAAAUUCCCUUUUCUCGCAUCGAACGUGAUGGCGUCAAUGCCCUCCGAUCUGAAUUUGAGGCGUUUGGCCCCGUGGAGGCAUAUAAAAUGUUUACUGACAGGUCUGGGCGCUUCAUCGGCACCGUGUUAUGUACGUACCGUAACCCAGCAGAUGCCAGUGCGGCCGUUCAGCACAUGAAUGAUCAAAAUAUUGAUGGAAGCAUUCUUAAGGUUUCGCUUUCACGCGAUCAUGGAGUCGUUCUACUGCAUAAUGCCGAUGGUGGUGAGCAGAGUCAUGCCGGUGGUAAUGAUAGUGUCGACGGCAAGUGGAAGCACGAUCGAUAUCAUGAUGGUACGCAAGAAAGCACCGACUCUGUACGGGGAGGAAGAGGUUUCGGUAGGGGACAUUCCUUUCCGUUCCGCAAUGGGCGAGGAGGCCCUCACAUGAGGCGCGGGGGUGGCCGUGGGCGGGGUUUGGGUGGGCGUAGCAGCGGUUUCCCGGGACGUGAUGUGGAUGAGGCGUUUGAGCGGUACAUCGCCUCGCGUGACGCACAGCGCCGUGCAGGUUCUCCUAAUGAGAAUGAAGGAGACCCAACCGGUGAGGUUGCUUGUGAAACGGAAGCGGCUGAGGUUGUAUGUGAGGUAGUUGGUGACAUUGGUAAUGACUCCGCGCAGGUACCUGAGGCAGACAACGCCCCUGCUGAGGCUGUUGCAGGAAAUGAAGAGUCGUAA